GGGCAGUGCGGAUCUUUCUAAACCCUUAGCUGCAGUUCAGAGUUUCUUCCGGGCUCAGGCCUGGGAGCCGCCUGACGCCAAGGGCUCUGCUCUGUACACAGCCCAGGCAAGACCCGCCCUGCCAGGAUGUCAGGCUUGGUGUUGGGGCAGCGGGAUGAGCCUGCAGGACACCGGCUCAGCCAAGAGGAGAUCCUGGGCAGCACCAGGUUGGUGAGCCAAGGGCUGGAGGCCCUACACAGUGAGCAUCAGGCUGUGCUGCAGAGCCUGUCCCACACCAUUGAGUGUCUGCAACAAGGAGGCCAUGAGGAAGGGCUGGUGCACGAGAAGGCCCGGCAGUUGCGACGGUCCAUGGAGAACAUUGAACUGGGACUGAGUGAGGCCCAGGUGAUGCUGGCUCUGGCCAGCCACCUGAGCACAGUGGAGUCAGAGAAGCAGAAGCUGCGGGCUCAAGUACGGCGGCUUUGCCAGGAGAACCAGUGGCUGCGGGAUGAGCUGGCAGGCACUCAGCAGCGGCUCCAGCGUAGUGAGCAGGCUGUGGCCCAGCUGGAGGAAGAAAAGAAGCAUCUGGAGUUCCUGAGGCAGCUGCGCCAGUAUGAUGAGGAUGGCCAGGGCACAGAGGAGAAGGAAGGAGAUGCCACUAAGGAUUCCCUGGAUGACCUCUUCCCCAGCGAGGAGGAGGAAGAUUCCAGCAAUGGCUUGUCCCGUGACCAGGGCGCUACAGCAGCCCAGCAGGCCGGAUAUGAGAUCCCAGCAAGGUUGCGGACCCUGCACAACCUGGUCAUCCAGUAUGCAGCUCAGGGUCGCUAUGAGGUGGCUGUGCCACUCUGCAAGCAGGCACUCGAGGACCUGGAGCGCACUUCUGGCCGAGGUCACCCUGAUGUGGCUACUAUGCUCAACAUCCUGGCUUUGGUGUAUCGGGACCAGAAUAAAUACAAGGAGGCUGCCCACCUGCUGAAUGAUGCCCUCAGAAUCCGGGAGAGCACCCUGGGCCGGGACCACCCCGCCGUGGCUGCCACACUCAACAAUCUGGCUGUGCUGUAUGGCAAAAGGGGUAAAUACAAGGAGGCAGAGCCGUUGUGCCAGCGGGCACUGGAGAUCCGGGAAAAGGUCUUGGGCACCAGUCACCCGGAUGUGGCGAAGCAGCUAAACAACUUGGCCCUCCUGUGUCAAAACCAGGGCAAGUAUGAGGCCGUGGAGCGUUAUUACCAGCGGGCGCUAGCCAUCUAUGAGAGCCAGCUAGGGCCAGACAACCCUAAUGUAGCUCGGACCAAGAACAACCUGGCUUCCUGUUACCUAAAGCAGGGCAAAUACUCGGAGGCCGAGACUCUAUACAAAGACAUCCUGACCCGUGCCCAUGUGCAGGAGUUUGGAUCUGUGGAUGAUGAGCACAAGCCUAUCUGGAUGCAUGCCGAGGAGCGGGAGAGAAUGAGCAGAAGCCAUCACCGUGAGAGCGGCACACCCUACGCAGACUACGGAGGGUGGUAUAAGGCCUGCAAAGUGAGCAGCCCCACAGUGAACACUACUCUGAGAAACCUAGGGGCCCUGUACCGGCGUCAGGGGAAGCGGGAAGCAGCCGAGACCUUGGAGGAAUGUGCCCUGCGUUCCCGGAAGCAGGGGACUGACCCCAUCAGUCAGACCAAGGUGGCAGAGCUGCUUGGGGAAGGUGAUGGCAGAAGGACCUCCCAGGAGGGCCCUGGGGACAGUGUGAAAUUCGAGGGAGGUGAAGAUGCAUCAGUGGCUGUGGAGUGGUCAGGGGAUGGUAGUGGUACUCUGCAGAGAAGUGGCUCUCUGGGCAAGAUCCGGGAUGUGCUUCGCAGAAGCAGUGAGCUCCUGGUAAGGAAGCUCCAAGGGACUGAGCCUCGGCCUUCCAGCAGCAACAUGAAGCGGGCCGCCUCGCUCAACUACCUGAAUCAGCGCAGUGCCGCCCCCCUCCAGGCCUCCUGGGGCCUCAGUGCCAGCACGAUGGACCUCUCUUCAAGCAGCUGACGUUCAAACACCCCCCCACCCCCCACCCCGUCUGCUGGGCCCCCCCCCCCCGCAGCAUUCCCCAAGCCAAAGGGAAGGUGAAGAAGGAGCAAUUUAAACGGAAGAUGCUGCCUGUAGGGUCUAGGCUCCUUCCUCAGGAAGGGCCCUCAGGAUGUGUCUCUACUUUGGAGUCCUCUAGAGUAGCUUACUGAGGCCCCCAAGGUGCAAAGGCAGGUGUGCACCUCCAGGGUGAGCUGCUGCUGGUUUUUCUGUCAGAGGGUUUGGGGCUGGCCUCUUUGGGCCCCUGUCCUCUGCUGUCCCACUUCAGGUCCAUGUAUUUCACGGCGUUUCUUUAAUAAAAGAAUCAGGUAACCUUU